GGGAUGUCGGGCCGUAUAAGCCUUCCGAGAGGGGCCUGCUGAGUGUAGUCUGUGACUGGAGCAAGGCGAGGCGGGACGGUGGAGCGGCGGCGGCGCUUUGUCUCGGAGGUAUAUAGAAAGGAUAACGAUUGACAGAACUAUGGUAUUCACAAUGGCAUGGGGUCUUUUAGUCCUUGGUGUUCUGCUGCCUUCUUCUUAUGCCCAUACAGAUUUCUUCACUUCCAUUGGUCACAUGACAGACUUGAUUAAUACAGAAAAAGACCUGGUGACAUCAUUGAAAGACUACAUCAAAGCAGAAGAAAGCAAGCUGGAGCAGAUUAAGAAGUGGGCAGAGAAGCUAGAUAAGCUGACAGACACUGCAACCAAGGACCCUGAGGGAUUCUUGGGACAUCCAGUGAAUGCGUUCAAGUUAAUGAAGCGACUUAAUACUGAGUGGAGUGAGCUGGAGAAUUUGGUCCUGAAGGAUAUGUCUGAUGGGUUUAUUUCCAACAUGACCAUUCAACGCCAGUAUUUCCCUAAUGAUGAAGAUCAGACUGGUGCUGCCAAAGCUCUUUUACGGCUCCAAGAUACAUAUAAUUUAGACACAGAUACACUCUCAAAGGGAAAUCUUCCAGGAGUGAAGCAUAAGACCUUUUUAACACCUGAAGAUUGCUUUGAAUUGGGCAAGAUUGCAUACACUGAAUCAGACUACUACCACACAGAACUUUGGAUGCAGCAAGCUCUGAAACAACUGGAUGAUGGAGAGGUUUCUUCUAUUGACAGAGUCUCUGUGCUAGACUACUUAAGUUAUGCUGUGUACCAGCAGGGGGACUUGGACAAAGCCAUGACGCUGACUAAGCGGCUGCUUGAGCUGGACCCAGAGCAUCAAAGAGCAAAUGGUAAUAUGAAAUAUUUUGAGUAUAUCAUGGCUAAAGAAAAAGAAGCAAACAAGUCUGUUGCCAAGACAAAUGACAAGGCUGAGGAAGAAAGUAAAACCCAGAAAAUGGGCCCUUCCAAGAAUUAUCUGCCAGAGAGACAAAAGUAUGAAAUGCUGUGUCGUGGGGAAGGUCUCAAAAUGACUCCUAGAAGACAGAGUAAACUCUUUUGCCGGUAUCAUGAUGGAAAUAGGAAUCCCAAAUAUAUACUGGGUCCUGUCAAGCAAGAGGAUGAGUGGGACAGACCUCGCAUCGUUCGCUUCCUUGAAAUAAUUUCUGAUGAAGAAAUAGAAACUGUCAAAGAGCUUGCAAAGCCAAGGCUGAGGCGAGCCACCAUUUCAAACCCCGUAACGGGAGUCUUGGAGACUGCACAUUACAGAAUUAGCAAAAGUGCCUGGCUGUCUGGAUAUGAAAAUCCUACAGUGGCUCGCAUUAAUACAAGAAUAGAAGACCUGACAGGACUGGAUGUCUCCACAGCAGAGGAGCUUCAGGUAGCCAACUAUGGCGUAGGGGGCCAGUACGAGCCUCAUUUUGAUUUCGGAAGGAAAGAUGAGCCAGAUGCCUUCAAAGAACUAGGUACAGGCAACAGAAUCGCUACAUGGCUAUUCUAUAUGAGCGAUGUGGCCGCAGGGGGAGCAACUGUAUUUCCUGAAGUAGGAGCUAGUGUUUGGCCUAGGAAAGGGACAGCUGUAUUUUGGUACAACCUUUUUCCGAGUGGUGAAGGAGACUACAGCACAAGGCAUGCUGCAUGCCCAGUACUAGUUGGAAACAAAUGGGUAUCCAAUAAGUGGAUCCAUGAACGUGGGCAAGAAUUUCGAAGACCAUGCAGUUUAUCAGAAUUUGAAUGAUAUGGACCUGUCUUUUGCGCUUCCUUUUGUGCAAGCUUCAUUUCCCUCCCACAUUGCCUUGAUUAACUCUGACAGUUUACACAAACAACCCACC